AUGUCUCGCCAAUCACUGGCUCUGAUGUCUGUGAACGCACGGCUGAGGCAGCUCUACCCCGACAGCGAAGAGCUGUUUGACAUCGUCCUGAUGACUAAUAACCACGCCCAGGUCGGAGUGCGCCUCAUCAACAGCAUCAACCACUACGAUUUAACCAUUGAGAGGUUCUGUAUGACGGGAGGGCAAAGCCCCAUUGGCUAUCUGAAGGCCUAUCUGACCAACCUGUACCUCUCCAAGGAUGGAGAGAAAGUCAUGGAGGCCAUUGAGGAGGGCAUUGCAGCAGUGACCAUGUUUGCAUCUGGAGAUGUGGAGAACAAGCUUUCCGACACACAGCUGGAAGUUGCCUUUGACGGGGAUGCUGUCCUCUUCUCUGACGAGUCGGAGAUCAUCGUGAAACAACACGGCCUGGACACGUUCUUUGAGCAUGAGAAGGAGUUUGAGAACAAACCUCUUGCACAGGGUCCCUUAAAGUGUUUCCUGGAGGUGCUGGGGAAGCUCCAGAGGAAGUUCUAUGCCAAGAACGAGCGUAUGACCUGCCCCAUUCGUACCUACCUAGUAACAUCCCGCAGCGCAGCCAGCUCAGGGGCCCGCGUCCUCAAGACCCUCAGGAGCUGGGGCCUGGAGAUCUACGAGGCCCUGUUCCUAGCCGGGGCCCCUAAAGGGCCCCUCCUGCAGAAGAUCCGUCCCCACAUCUUCUUUGAUGACCAGAUGUUCCACAUCGAGGGGGCCAAGGAGCUGGGUACUAUCGCGGCACACGUGCCUUAUGGGAUUGGACAGAAGUACCACAAGGAGAAACUUAGUGAGCAGCCUGCCAAAGACACACAGUAGUGAGCCUCCUAGGGGUGGGAAGGUAUCAUACAUUAUGCAAAUAGUUAGUUGCGCACAACCCUGUCAUCAGCGGUAGGUUUUGUUUUGUGCUGGAUUUUGUAUUAAAAGUGCCUUUAUCAGAAUAUACUGUAGUAAAAAUGUAGUAGUACUCACUUCAGGGAUUUUUGCUAGAAUAAAACAAGUUUUACAAUGUCA